AUGUCUCCUUAUCAGUAUUUAUUCAAGUACAUCAUCAUCGGCGACACAGGGGUGGGAAAGAGCUGCCUCUUGCUGCAGUUCACAGAUAAGCGGUUUAGAACAGACCACGACUUGACAAUUGGUGUUGAGUUUGGUGCUCGUCUUAUUCAGAUAGAUGGAAGACAGAUCAAGCUGCAAAUAUGGGACACUGCGGGACAGGAGUCCUUCCGGUCAAUAACACGCUCCUAUUAUAGAGGGGCAGCGGGCGCGCUAUUGGUGUACGACAUAUCGAGGCGAGAUACUUUUGUGCAUUUAUCUCGAUGGUUGGAAGAAGUGCGACAAAAUUCAAAUCCUUAUAUGACAAUUAUUCUUGUGGGAAACAAAUCCGAUCUAGAAAGGAGAGAAGUCACAUUUCAAGAAGUCUCUGAUGCUGCUGGUACUGUUGCUGUCGUUGGUGCUGGUGGUGGCCAGGACUUUGCCCGUCAAAACAAUUUAAUAUUCCUGGAGACUUCUGCCAAGACCGCACAAAACGUAGAGGAGGCAUUCAUCUUGACUGCUCGGAAGAUAUACGAGAAUAUUCAAGCAGGCAUUUAUGACCUCUCCAGUGAUGCUCACGGCAUCAAGUGUGGACCAGUGGUCACCCAACGCCCCACACGCCUAGGCAAGGAUUCCCUUGCCGCUGUUGCUGCUGCUGAUUUCGCUGCUGCUGCUGUUGUUGCUGCUGCUGUUGCUGCUUGUGCCGGUGGUGUCAUGGGUGGUGGUGUCGCGCUGGCUGCUGUUGAUGAGGUUCGUCAGCAGCAGCACCUGCAACAUCAGCAGCGCCUGCAGCAGCAGCACCACAUGGAGCAGCGGCAGCACCUGCAGAGAAGGAGCAAUGACAACAGAGCAGGGGCAGCAGCACCAACUGGGCAGCAGCAGCAGCAGCUGUUGCUGCAGCUGCAGGCUUUAGGACACUCUGCUCGGGAAGCGUCAAGGCGUAGGGUCUCGAUAGGUUUCGACAACGAGCCCGCUCGACACAUCCGGGGGCCCCUCCAGAGGGGCCCCCAAUGGGUGCCGCGAGCGGGCCUCCCCCUGAAGGGGCCCACAAGCUGCUUUGCCUUGAUGACUUUUACGGGGGCCCCCUGCGGGCCCCCUCCAGGGGCCCCUCCAGGGGCCCCCUUUAGGGCCCUUGUUGGGUUGGAGCCCGGAUCCCCCCCAACUGUGGGGGCCCCAGUAAACUUGCAAACAGAUAUCGAGUGGGAGGUGGGGGCCCCUGGGUCCCCUCCUGUUGUGGCCUUAGAGAGCGCCAGCUGCAGCGGCAGUGUUAAAGCUGUAGAGAUAUCCAGCUGUGGGUCCCUCUUGUUUGUAGCUGUAGCCAAUACCAUUAGGGUAUACAGCUUGCUGCAGGGAGUUCCUGCUGAAAAAGGCCCCCCCGAGGGGCCCCCAGUAGAAGAAGGCUGUUCCCCUUCGCCGCAGGGGCCCCCCCUUGCUGCAGUCUAUUUCAGUCCUAGCGAGCAUGUCCUCGGCCUUACAGAAAGGAGGGGCCUCCUUACUGCCUAUGGCACAACGUGUCUUACGGUGUACGAGUUGAGGUGGCAGGGGCCCCCAGGGUGCCCCACCAAGGGCCAAAGUGAGAUACGUGGGGGGCCUGUGGGGGCCCUCAAAUACCCUCUACAAGACGGUGAGAGGCCCCAAGGACAUCUGGCGCUACAGCAGAUAUUCAUGAAAAGAGACAUUCGGAGAGUACUAACAGCAGAAUUUCUUUUUCUCGGCCAUCCAUCCAGUCAGGCAGAAGCAGCAGCAGUUGCUGCUGGUGUAGCAGCCGCAGAUGUCCAGCCAGAAGCAACAAAACGGUUAGGAAACUGUUGCCUUGAAGCAGCAUCAACAUCUGCAGCACCAGCAGCAGCAACAAGAGGCUGUUCUCUUGGAGCUUAUCUGUUGGUACUUUUCUCUGACGGCUUGUUGCGUAUAUUCCAUGCAACAACAGGGGCCGUGCUGCUGCAACUGCGCUGCAGCAAGGAGUAUCUGCAACUGCAGGCAGCAGCAGCAACGGAGACCCUGCUGCCGGCGCCCGCCGAUGUCCCAGACAGGUGCUGUUGCAGCAGUACCAGCUCUUGCUGCUGCACCUGCAGUAGCACCAGCAACAGCAGCAGCACCUGCUGCAAGGGGCGACAGCAGCAGCUGCAGCUGCUUCUGGCGGGCGGCACUGCCUUCUCCGAGAUAUUUGUUUGGUUGCUUAAAAUCGACGCAUGGGAGCUGCUGAGGGUACGCAAAGAAACAGCAGAAAAACCAGUAGCAGCAGCAGCAACUUGUGCUGCUGCUGCUGCUGCUACUUCACUGGUACUCGUUCAACGGUUAGAAGGGCACAGAGGGGGAAUCUUUUCUUUGGCAUUUGCUGAAGGGGGAGCUCUCUUGGCUUCUGCCUCGGAAGAUAGGGAAGUAAGGCUUUGGUUGCGCAAGCCUAAUGCCGCCGCUGCAGCAGCAGCAGCAACAGCAGCAGCAGCAGCAUCAACAGCAGCAGCAGAAGCCUCAGCAGCAGGCCACCCGAGCCCUACGGCAGCAGCUGUUGCUGCAGCAGUAAGAAUGCUGCUGCCUGCCCUCAGCAGCAUGCCGGCUGCAAUUGAGGGUACUGCUGUGGGCCCCCCGACUGGGGGCCCCCCCACUGAGGGGACUCUCAACAGUGCUGUGGCUCUACAUCAGGGGCCCCACAUCUUGAUUUCCUACAAAUGUGUCUCUGUCUUUAGGGGGCAUAGGUCCCGCAUAUGGGCUGUCUCCUUUCUUGACCUCAUGCCUGCCUUCAAUCUGCAACAGCAGCAGCAGCAACAGCAGCUGCUGCUCCAGCAGCAGCUGCUGGAGCAGCAGCUGGAGCACCAGCAGCAGCAACAACAACCAGCUUUGAGCAGCAGCACCAUCAACUUAGACUCGUUGCUGCUGCAUGCGUGCUGCUGCAGUUUGCUGCUGCUAUCAGGCGGUGAGGACUCAACUGUAAGGGUUUGGUCUUUGAAGGGCCCUUGCCUGUACACCCUAGAGGCCCAUAGGGGAGGUGGGGUACGAUCCUUAGCAGCCAGUAGAUUUACUUUUUCCGCUGCUUUUCCUUUCUUUGUUUCUGGUGGGGAGGACGGCAGCAGCAAAAUAUGGCCUCUUGAGGCCCUGCAGUCUCUUAGAGGAGCCCUGGUGCAGCACGCCACCAGCAGCACAAAACACCUGCUACAGAUGCUUCAGCCCCUACAGGCGCAGCACAUGCAAGCUGCUGCAGCAGCAGCAGCAAAAUUAACUCCGGCUGCUGCAGCUGCGGAAGAUGUUGAUGGCCCAGGGCCCAUGAAGAAGACACUGUCUCUUCAACAGGAGCUGGCGCAACCCCAGCAACAGCAGCUGCCGUCCCUCACGCACGACGGGCUUCAGCAGCAGCAGCUGCAACAGCAAGUACAGCAGAAGCAAAAGCGACGACAGCAGCGGCAGGAGCAGCAGAAGCAGAAGCAGAAGCAGGAGACAAUCCAAGCGAAGCGGACGGAUCAGGGCGAUGUGAAUUCUACAGGCUUAAAGAGCUGGAUGUGGAGUUGUCGUGUUGUAGAAGCAGCCGAAGCAGCAACGGCAGCAGCAGCAACAACAACGGAGACAGAAGGAGAAGAAAAAACAGCUACAGCGGCUGCUUUUGCUACAAAAGAAACAGAAGCGCUGGAUAUAGCAGACCUAGAGGCGCCUUCUGGAGAUGCAGCACAAGGUACCCUAGCAGCAGCAGCAGCAACAGCAGCAACAACAGCAACCACAGCAACAGCAACGGCAGAAGAAAUCUGUAAGGGGGCUUGUGGUUGGCUAGGAGGCAGCAGCAAGGACUUCAUUCGAGAAGUUUUCUUGUGCUGCUGCGAGGAAACAGAAGGAGACACUUUGAUUGUCUCUACAAACUAUGGGCACGUAUACCUCGUCGCUCACCUUCCUGCAGCCACAGCAGUAGAAGGCUCAGUAACAACAGCAACAACUGCAGCAGCAGCAGCAGCAGCAACACCGUUUCGCUGGUUGCUGCUAUGCUGCGUUUCGUCUCCUAUAACUGCCACAGGGGUUGCUGACAACUGUCUCUGUCUUGGAGGGGCAGAUGGCUGCAUCCGCCUCUGUCUCCUUCGUCCCCUAAGGAGCCUUAUUGGAGGUUUGCGCCGGCAGCAGCAACAGCUACAGAAGCCGCUGUACCAGCACCAGGGAAGGUGGGGCUUAUUACAAGCUGCAGAUGUGGCAGUAGUAAAGGCCUUUGGCGGCGUUCGCGUCGCGUCGGGUUUUCUCCAUUCCUUGGGCCCGCUCUCAGCUCCAUCUGCUGCUGCAGUUGCUGCUGCUGCGGCCAGCAGCAACAUGCUUCUGCCACUGGCCCGCAGCAGCAACAGCAGCAGCAGCAUAUGGGCAGACGUGCAGCAAACCACGGCCUUGCCAGCGACAGCGGGCCUUGUGGUGGCUGGUGACCACACGGGUUCUGUGAACUUCUACAGCUGGAGGCAGCAGCAGCAGUACGCUGGGUCACCUGUUGCAGCAUCAGCUGCACACGCUGCAGCUGAUGCUGCACUUUCUACAGCUGCUGUAUCUUCUAGCGUUGCUGGCUCUUCCCUGCAGUUGCAGAUGCUCGCCAAUGUCUGCCUGCCACGCUAUCGCAAGGGCCCUCGUGCUGUUGUAGCGGGCGGCAGCAGCAGCGCGACGAACAGGAUCAUGUCCAGCAUUGGUAUGCUGUCUGUGUGCUCAAAAAAAGAGUCGAAGGCUUCUGCUGUAAUGUCUGUUGUUUAUUUGUUGGGAGAUGAACACGGGACGCUACAUGCGGUGCUGCUGCAAGUCACUGCAGCAGCAGAAGCAACUCCAGCAGAAACUGAGGCUGUGAAUCAGCAGCAACAGCAACAUCAGCAGCAUCAGCAAUCCCUGCAGCCCUGCUGGAAUUGGGCCUCUUGUCGUGCUGUAGUGCAGCAGCCUCUCAAAGAACUAUUCCCUAGGAGACGCGUCUGCGCCCUUAGCUGCUGUCGAGGUUUUACCUUUUGCUGCGGCGGAGACGGUCGGAUUCUUAUUCUCCAAGUGUCUCUCAGCAGAAGCAACAACAACGGCAGCAGCAGCACCAGUGGGUUGUGGGUGCAUCAAGAAGUCAUUAUACAACAGCUGCAUGCGGUAAGAGUAUCGCAGAUAAGCAACUUUGUUUGUCUCCUUCCCCAGGGGCCUCUGGUAGGCGCGGGGGGACCCUGGCAAGGGGAUUCAGGUGCCGCAUUACUGCAGCACUUAAUGCAGCAGCAGCAGCAGCAAGAUGAUGGAUUUGUGCUGUUGCAACAGCAUGUGGCAGUUGGAGUCAGAGGCAGCGAACUAUUUGCCUUCUCCUUCACUCAAGGUGCCCCGCUGCUGCAGCUGCCUUGCGGCGACAGCAAGAGGUCUUUUGCUGCAGCAACAAGACAAGGAGAGACUGUCUCCUUUGCCUUCUCAAGAGGUCACUGCGUCUGUCUUUAUACCAGCAACAAGAGCAGCACCAGCAGCAGCUGGAACGAUGCUCGCUUGCAGCAGCAAGAUGACGAAGAAAUGCUGCUGCUGCCGCAGCAGCAGCUGCAACGCCGCUGCAUCUCCUUCAACCCAAACUACCCUGGAGACGAUAUCCAUGCCGUCUCCUUUUUGUCUCCUUCUGUCAUCUGUGCAGCUGCGGAGGACAACACUCUCAGCCUCAUUCUGUGGCAGCACUCGCCAGCAGCAACGGCAGCAGCAGCAGCUACAGGAAACCACAAAUUGACGGAUAGCCUUAGAGUCCUCUCUAUCACUACGAGGCACCGCGCGGCCGUUCGAGCGCUUGCGCUGUUGCAGCAGUGGACACCUCAGCAGCAGCAACGGCAACAGCAACAGCAACAGAAGCAGAAGCAACUAUACUCGCUGCCUCGUCUUCUCGCCAGCGCCGGGGCGGCGCAGACGUUGAAUCUUUUUCAGCUUUCUCCAGCAGCACCAGCAGCCUAUGAAAUGACCACUGCAACGGCAACGGCAGCAGCUUCAGCAGGGUCAGCAGCAGCUGGAGCAGCAGCACCAGACACCUCGACGGCUUCUGUUGCUGAUCCUGCUACAGUUACGCUGGUGCACCUGCAGCAGCUGUGCUUGGAAGACAGAACCGCAAAGGGACCCUCAGCCAAUGCGCGGUUUAAUACCGCGUGCGGUUUUGUCUGCACGUCGUAUCAGCAGCAGCAGCAACAGCAGCAAGUUCAGGCCUACGAUGCCUAUGUUUUAGUUGGUGUGUCUACAGCUCGUCUGUUGCUGAUCCGCUUUCGUAUAUCCACAGGUUUUGUUGAAGCAGGAGCAGGAGCAGUAACAACAUCACCCGCAGCAGCAGUUGCUGCAAUGGCGUAUGGAGACUCGGAGACAUUCCGAGCGGAGGGCCGCCCCACAAUUAUCUCUUCUUUAAAGUUGCCAGCUGUCCCCUUUUGUUGUCAGCUUAUCCGCGUGCCCUCAGGUUCUCCAUCAACAGUAGCAACAGCAACAGAAGCAGCAGAAGCAGCAGUAGUGCCAGAAAAAGCUGCUGUUGGUGGCCGAGACAAGGGCCUGAUUGUAAUGGGGCUGACAGACGGGUCUGUGGCUUUUGCGGAGCUGCAACUGCAGCAGCAGCAACAGCAGCAACGGGAAGGCAACCCUGCAGUAUUGCCCGUCGGGGCCCUCAGCACGCAUCAGAGAGCAAUCACCUCUGUUUGUGUCAAGCUGCUGCAGCAGCAAUCCACAGCAACAGCAGCAGCAGCAACAGAUGCUUCAGAAGUGGAGGCCUUACGGCUGCUCGUCUGCACCGCAGGAGACGACGAUGCGAUUGCCGUGCAAGUGCUGUCUCUCAUUUCUACUGUAGCACCACCACCAGCAGCAACAGCAGCAGCAACAGCAUCAACAGCAGCAGCAGCAGCACCCGGUGGCAGCAGCAGCAGGUGGCGCAUGCAAUUUGUGAGCCGGGUGCUGCACCCAAAUGCUCACAGCUCUUCUGUACGUUCUCUUAGCCUCUGCUGGCCGAUCCUCUUCAGCGUAGGAUGGGACAGGUGGCUGCAGGCUUGGAAGAUAUGUAGGAGCAGCAGCAACAGCAACAACACCAACAAUAACAACAACAAUAACAACAACAACAGGGGCAGCAGCAGCUGUUUAAGCAGUACAGGGCGUGCAUGUAUGCUCUGUAAGGCAUCAAGCAGUGGUGGGUUAAUCGGCUGCUGCUGCAGGCCCCCGUUAUGUUGCCUCGAUACUCCUGGUACUGCUAUUGCUGCAGAUUCACUCACUGCAGCACAGCAGGACGCCCUUCGCCUAGACGAACAGUUAGCGGUUCUUUGGCGCCGGUGUGGACCACCAGUGCAGCAGCAGCAACAGGAGGAGCAUCGGGGGGGCCAAGCAGAGACAGAGACCUUCAUGCUGCAGCGACUUGCUGCCGCUAAAACGGGAGUCGCUGAGGCUGCCAGUUUAGCUGCCGUACCUCUUUUAAGCGGGGUGGGGCCCCAGGGUCCCCAAGGAUUUACUGUGCGUCUUUGCUGCGCAGGAGCAAGCGGAGGUAUUGAAGUAUUUGAGCUGCACACGACAGCCACACCUAAGGCCAUUCAAACGAAAAAGUAG